CCCUGGCUCGGAACUCCGGGGGCAAGGAGACAGACUGGGAGGGAACCCCGAAAUUCUGAGGAGGUUUUCGGGUUCUAAUCGGGGAGGGCCGGAAAAGUUUCGGGGGUGGCGGGCUCACGGCGGCCUCUGGAAGCAACUAGGGCCUAGUCGAGCCCGGCCGCAGCGGGACCCAAGUGCGGGAGCUUCAAGUUCCUCCGAGGAGGUAGGGUCUGGGGCCGUGGCUGGAGCUGCUCCCCGGCAGUGCCCGGAUGGUUGAGGUCCAGACGCUGCUCCCUUCCAGCUGGGAAACCGGAAAAGGCAGCUCCACCCCAACGUGGUUUGGACUUGGAGCCUUUGUCAUUCUGAUGAGCGGUUUCGCUGUCCUCAAGCUUAUGAAACUGGAUCUUCAAGAAUUGGAGGUUUAUGCAGUUUGAGACCCGUCAGCGCUGUGCGGAGUUCAGAGUAAUAAGAGACAGAGAGGAACUUGAUACAGAUGAAUAUGAAGAAACCAAAAAGGAAACUCUGGAGCAACUAAGUGAAUUUAAUGAUUCACUGAAAAAAAUUAUGUCCGGAAAUAUGACUUUGGUAGAUGAACUAAGUGGAAUGCAAUUGGCUAUCCAAGCAGCUAUCAGCCAGGCCUUUAAAACCCCAGAGGUCAUCAGAUUAUUUGCAAAGAAGCAACCAGGUCAGCUUCGGACAAGGUUAGCGGAGAUGGAUAGAGACCUCAUGGUAGGAAAGCUGGAAAGAGACCUGUACACUCAACAGAAAGUGGAGAUUCUAACAGCUCUCAGGAAACUUGGAGAGAAGCUGACUGCAGAUGAUGAAGCCUUUUUGUCAGCAAAUGCAGGUGCUAUACUCAGCCAGUUCGAGAAAGUCUCUACAGACCUUGGCUCUGGAGACAAAGUUCUAGCUUUGGCAAGUUUUGAGGUUGAAAAAAACAAAAAAUGACAUGGUAUGGAAACCUGGGACAGUGAUCACAUUCCUUUUGUAAAUGGCAUUUUUCUUCUGGUAAUUUUGAGUCAUUGCUGGUAAUUUUGAGUCAUUGCAAAGAAAUCAAGAGAUUUUUGGAGUGCAUUAAUAACCUAAGAAAAAGAGACAGAAAAACAUACUUGUGGCUUCUGUUUAUGCUCUUCACCAUUGUGCUUUGUGUAGGGCUGUCUGCUUGAGUGAUCCUGGACUGGGGAGAUGAGGGCAUCACUAGACCUAUUCAUUAUGAUUUGUCUGUUUAAAAGAGAAUAGAAAAUAAUUUCCCUGACUUUUUUUUUUAAGGCUCUUUGUUUUUAGGUGCUGAUAGUAAAUGAAAAGAUGUGAACUAGUGGUUCAUUUUUGCUCAUAAUUUAUCCCCACUUGUUGGAGUGAAUAGUGUAGCAACAUUAACAGACCUCAUAUGUGUUCAUAGAAUUUUAGAGUCCUAAGUGAUAUUAGAAAUCAUUUUGUCUUACAAGUGAGAAAACCAAGUCUCAAAAACAGCAAGUGACUUGCUUAAACUCACAUCAGAGAGCUGGGGAUAAAAUUUGGGUGUCCAGAAUCUCAGCUUAGUGUCCACUGAAUUUUAUUUUUUAUUCUGUGAUGUCUUUAAAAAUAAUUAACACAUAUUUGUACAAGUCUGUGUUUAUAAAAAUUUGAUGUCCCAACAAAACGUCACUAAGAGACCAUUCCCUAGCCUGUAAGCUCUCCUGAUGAAUGGAGCCUAUUGUAUCUCUGAGUUUUGAGCUUGGAACAAUGGGAGCCCUGUUGAGAGUCUCCUGAAGUAACUUAACCUCCUGUGUUGUUUCACCAGGGAAGCAAUUGGAAGUGGCAGCUAGAGGCCCUCCCUGUGUGUGACCUCUUUGCUGAAACCCACUGGGUGGUAACUGCAAAUUACUGUUUACUAGCCAGUUUUUGGAGAAACAAAAUUCUGAGGAAAAGCAGGUUUCUCUCUGAGUGUUCCCAUCUCUCUGUAUGCUCAAGUGUAUAGAUUUCCCCAUAUGCAUGUAUGUUAGCUUCUUGCCUAGGCUCUGGCUACUUUAUAUUCUUUCAUGUGUUUCUCAGUAUUCUUUUUCUUUGCACUUUAUACAAAUGUAAAACAUUUUUAAAGCUUCAUAUAUACUGUAAAUUCAACUAGGUGCUCUGUCAACUGGACAGAUUAGGGGAACUCAGCUACAUUAAUGCCUUAUUUGGAACUGUAAAUGGGUAAUUUUUUAUAUAUUGGUUUAUGAUGGUUAAAAACUCAUUGAAAUUGUGACAAACCAAGAAAAAGCAAAUUACCUGCUCUUAUUCUAGGUCAAUCGUUAUUUCAUGAUUCUGUAUUUUUUGUUUUAACCGAGGUGAAAUUCACAUAACAUAAAAUUCACCAUUUUGAAGUGUACAAUUCAGUGGCAUUUAGUGUUACGCAAUCACCACCACUGUCUAGUUCCAAACCAUUUUCCUCACUCCUAAAUUAGAUCCCAUUACCUAUUGGCAGUUGCUCCCUAUCCCCUUCUAGCCCUGCAGCCACCACUAGUUUACUUUUUAUCUCUAUGGAUUUAUCUAUGCUGGAUAUUUCAUAUGAGUAGAAUCAUACAGUAUGUGACCUUUUAUGUCUGGCUUCUUUCAGUUAGCAUAAUAUUUUCGAGAUUAAGCCACAAUGUAGCAUCUAUCAGUACUUCAUUCCUUUUAACAGGUGAAAAUAUUCCCUUGCAUGGAUACCGUAUGUGUUUUUCCAUUUACUUCUUGAUGAACAUUUGGGUUUUUUCCACUUAUUGGCUAUUGUGCAUAAUGCUGCUAUUAAUAUUUGUGUGUAAGUAUUUGUUUAAAGACCUGUUUUCACUUCUUUUGGACAUUUAUCUAGGAAUGGAAUUGCUGUGUUGUUGUUUUAAGCCAUAGAAAGCUCUCUCCUUCCCCUCCAGUAGUAGGAUGAGGAAAAGUAGGAAUAUUUUUUAUUUGAUAGGGGCCUAGAUGAAUUUGGAGUCCUUAAUUUUGAUUUCCCUUAAACUUUCUAUAAGACCAACAAAGGUGAAAUAUUUUGUAAUUAACCACAUAAAUGUAUUCAUUUUGUAAGUAAUGACUAGUACUCACUUUAAAAGUAAUCUUCCUUUAAGAGGUCAAGUUGCAGUGCCUGGCAAGACACUGCCAGUCAUGGCCAUGUGACCUUUGAUAGAUUACUUCAUCUUCUUGAGCCUCAUUUUCCUCUUUUCAGUGGGGAUAAUAGGACCUACCUAGCACAUAGGAUUACUGUGCAUUCCCCUCUCUUCCUUAGUACAGAAAGAAGUUUUGCAUUGGAGUUAAUCCACCACUAAAAGUUCUUUCAAGGGCCAUAUGAUAUAUUUUGUUUCACAAAUUUGGUAUUCAGAAAAAUAAUUUGAAAAUUCUAUACAGCUAUAGUUAUUAAAUGACUUGCAAACUAUGUUUCCUGUUCAUGUUUUGCUAUAUUUAAUCUUCUAGUUUUUAAGACCUCUUGGGAGGUCUCAGACUGCAAUAACUCAUGCUGAGGCAGCUAACUUUUUUACAUCCUUGGGUCAAGCUAAUAUUUUAAUGAAAAUAGUUCUUGCAUUUUUCAAAGAAGUGGAGUUGAAGCAGAAGUAAAUUCCAAUGAGCAAGUGUCCAACUGAGCUGUUUAAUGAAAUCUAAUAAUUUAAAACAAUUCCUAUGUUUCAGUGUUUUGUUUUAUCCUGUGAGCGGUAAGAUAAGCAUUCUAGGUGGGUGGUAGAGGAAGAAAUCAAGAAAUAGAAUUGAGUUGUUCCCAAGAAGGAGUUGGAGUUGGGACAGAUGGAUUGUUAGACCUUUUAUUGAAAACACUCAACCAAAGAAUGGUUAUCUUGGGCAAAAGAAAAGACUGAAAACCCACCAUUGCUGUGGUAUCUUAUUACAGUGAAUGAUGGAUAAUUUUAAAUUAUUACAGAAAAAGAUAAACCCAGACCAUUUUGCCUAGAGCUUUUUUUUUUCUUU